GAAUGGGUGUCUCGGAUUCACGGCAUCGAAAGCCUGUCGACAGCCUUGAGAGACCCAGAAGUACUGCAGACAGUUCUUCCAAGCAUGCCGUCCCUCCUACACUGCCUGAUGGUGACCAUGGCUGAGGACCGCAGCUAUCGCGUAGCCACGUCCUCUAUCGGUGCAAUGCGCGGCCUCAUCACCUCACUGCCCCACGCGGUGCUGCAAGACCACCUACCCCAGAUCGUCGUCGGCCUGGCCGGACACAUCGGUGGUUCCGGCUGUGUGAACCUCAAGAUCGAGACUGUGCAGGCGGCCAAAGCGCUCAUGCAGAUUAUGAAACCCAACUCGGUCGUCGAAGUUCUGCUUUCCUCGGACUGCAUCGGGGCAAAGAGUUCUAAGAUGCGUGAGAACUCAUUGUUGUUCCUCAUAUACGCCACUCUGACGUUCCCCAGCACGGAGUUCCACUGGGAUCAGAUGGCGGGUCCAGUGGCUGCAGCUGUGGCCGAUCCGAGGCGUCGGGUCAGACAGGCAGCGCUAGAUGCUUUGUCGGUGAUCGCGCAGUUCGCCACUCCGAGCCUGCUGGAUGAGGCUGUCAAGGUCGUCGCGGACAGGCAGCCUAAUUUGUUGAUAAGAACAGCGUACCUGGCGGGCGUCCAGGCUCGCCUUGCACGACGUCAACUGCCUACGACCUCGCCCGACGGACUUAUCUUGUACGUUCCGCAGAUACCGUCAGCCCGGAAGGGAGGCUUCUCUGGCACUCCGAUAGGCUCGGAUGUUGAAUGGGUGCUGGCCGGAUCAGGUUCUGUUUCUUCCGGUUCGGCCCGUUCACGCGGUCAGCUGAUCGCAGCGCAGAGAUUAGAUCCUCGGGCAACCCUGAGCCCGAAGGGAGACAACUCCUCAGUAGCGCCAGUCAAGAAAGGGAAUCCUUGGACUGACAGGAAAGAGGUUGUGGCCUCAGGGGUCGGAGCGCAGCAGUUGGCGCCCAUCGACCCCGAAAAGUCGCAGGUCAAUAUUGGCUUCCCGCAGUUGCCAAGACUGAAAGCAAUGAAAAGGUUCUUAAUAGUUGACGAACAGAGGCCUAGGUUUGGCGUGUCAUCAUGGACAAGCGACUUGGAUGCUAGUCAGAAUGGCAUUUCAUCUUCACAAGGUACAUUCCGUCCUUUAUAUUUGCGAUUCCAGUCACCGCCAGAUAUUGAUAACUUAAACAAUGACUCUGUAGAGAAAGGAAGUUUCUCUCUACUCCCAAACAGGCUGUCGGAGUCGACUGUUUCAAGUCGAGGUAGUCAGGGAGUAGGUCGUGAGAAGCUCAGUCAGACAUGGCCUCCACCAUCUUCUGGAUGCCACUCCCCCCAGAUCCCAAAUACUUCAUCAAAGAGAGGCAGAAGGAUUCUAGAGCCAUUAAAUACUACGAGCCCUCAUGAUGGUAGUCCACAUAGAGGAGUAUCACCUGCGAGGAGAGUUUCACCUGCUCACAGGGGGACAUCUCCAACACCCAGUGCAAUAUUACCCAUGCCAAGAGGGAUGUCUCCACUGCCUGUAGGUGUCAAUUCAGGUGUUAGGCACAAGAUACCACCAUUGUCUCCUCGUAAAAAGAAGGACUGGGUAGCGGAUAGUGGCUUCGGCAUUACUGCAAAUGGCAAGAAUGACCGUGUAGUAGAUUCUACAAGCGUGAAAAAAAACAGAAGAAGGAAACAUUCCACUAACAAAGGAAAAGAGAUUGUUGCCAUACAACACAAUUCAUCUCCACCAGAUGAAGACCAAGCAAAGUUGUCAUCUAACUUCAAAGGCGAGGCAGCUGAUGACUGCACCAUUCCCCAGAAGCCUGUAUUAGCCAGGCAGGGAGUUCGCCACGAUUUGUCACCAGCUGGCAUGUUUCCUGAAAAUGGAAGUAAAAUACCAAGUGGGCUGUUUACCCCACCUGCUGAGCCAUUCUUGCCCCCUGUGGAUCCUUCAACACCCCAACUCUCCAGGAUAAAAACAUCUCCUGUACCUCAGGAACAGGAUGAUCUGGAGUUCAAGAGUUUCGAUGAAACUGAUGAGGCAGGGAGAGAAGACUCACCAUCUCAUGCAAUGGCCAGUUCAACUGUGUCAGCCAUGGACGCUCUUGAGGCUGAAGAACGUGCCCUGAAAUUCCAGCUAUUGAAGGAACAGGAACAACUGGAAUCUGUUACAGUUUCACCAGUACCUAUAGUCUCAGCACCACCAACAAUUGAAAGCCCAGUCAUUACCACAGAGGUGAUAGAGCUAGACACGAACAGUAGAGGAGGCGUAUUGCCCCUCCACAACUUACAGUUUAGUCCCCCCAUACUGUCACAUGAAGAAAGUGCUGAAGAUGUGAAUAAUGAACAUCAGGUCCCACAGGCAACAUACAGCACUGGCUCAGUUAUUGACCUGCAUCUGAAUGUAGAAGACAAUUUUCAGAAUGAGACUGUAGCCCCAAUCAAGCAAACACGGCGCAUCAAGCAUCAAGUUGGUCCAAAGAUUCCCGCAACAACUCUGAGAGGAACGCAGUUUCGUGACAGAACCCGCACGCAGCAGAACAGUGGUCUGUUUCCUGACACCUUACAUCCUGUGGACAAGCCAAAAGAAGCCCUGCAGCAGUGCUUCAUGUACCUUGACAACUCAGAAUGGGAGGUGACAUUGCAGGGCCUGAAGUUGUUGAUGCGACUGAUGCGCCACCACCCAGAAACUAUCCACACUCAGCUUCAUUCUGUUAUUGUGGCUGUAGGGAAGCAAGUGCGUAACCUCCGCUCACAAGUAGCACGUGCUGCAUGCCAGGCGAGUGGAGAGCUCUUCCUGUCACAGAAGAGGGCUCUGGAGACUGAUUUGGAUGAGCUGGUCAGCUCCUUAUUGCACAGAACUGCUGAUACAAACAGGUUUCUGCGAGCAGACAGCAAUGCUGCCCUAGAUAAGAUGAUCGAGGUGAUCAGCCCUUCAAGGGCUGUGGCUGUCAUUACAGGAAAGGGCAUAAGCCAUCAGAAUGCCAUUGUACGAACUGCUAGUGCCCGACUGCUGGUGAGCUUGGUGAGCAAAAUUGGUGUAGACAAAGUGAUGUCACACUCUGGAGACAUGAGAGACAAGAUCCUCAUUGCUGGCUCCAAUCUGCUAACUGAAGGAAGUCUGGACACCAGGUGUUUUGCCAAGCAGCUGUUUCGAAUGCUGUCCACUCAUCCAACAUUCAGCCCAGUACUGUCUGAAGUGAUCCCUUCACAUAUACUGAGAAAUAUCAGCAAAACACUCCAGAGCUUGAAAUAGGUUCCUUAGAAGUGCUAAUGUAAUUUUAGAUAUAUUUGAAUAUUUUGAAAUAUUUAGUUCUGCGGUUAUUUGCAUUGCUUUAUUACAAAAGAAAAUGACACAUUAUGUAAAUUUACAGUAAUUAUUCAUUGGAUGUAAAUAAAGUUACUACUAAAAGUA